UACGUGCGUAAGUGCGUGCCUCUUGCGGAAUCGUGUUUGCGCGUUGCGUCGUGUUGCGUUUCGCCGUCGUCUCCGUGGUGCGACCGCGAAGGCCGCUUUUACUCGCCGACGAGGGACAGAAUCGUCACAUGGCACGUUAAUUCCCCCAGGUGACGGGGGAGCCGAGCGGCAAGAAAGAGAUUCGGAAGAUACGCGCGCGAUCCUGCUCGCGAGUGCGUGCAAGUGCGUGCGUGCAUUCGUUCGUCCGUCCGUCUGUCCGUUCGUUCGUUUACUCGCUCGCUUUCUCGCGUCGUGCGCGUAUCUCUAUUUCUGAGUCUCUAUCUCUAGGACUCUUACGAGAUCGGCGAGCCAACGACGCCAGGAUGACUAGCGGCGAGGAGACGAGCAAUAACGUGAUGAACGUCGAGACUGUCUAUCACGAGGUCAACUCCAGGAACGGUUGGGCGUCCUUCUAUCAGGACAUACGUAGCGAGUGCGAAUCUUUUCAGUAUACAUGCAAUGAAUCAAAAAAACCACAGAAUAAAAACUUGAAUCGCUACAGAGAUGUGGCACCUUACGAUCACACUAGGAUUAUACUUAAGAGAGGUGUAUGUGAUUAUAUUCAUGCUAAUCUUAUACGGGUGGAUCAUGCUGAGAGGCAAUAUAUCCUGACGCAAGGACCCUUGCCAAAUACUAUUAGUCACUUUUGGCUAAUGAUAUGGGAGCAAAAUAGUAGAGCUAUAUUGAUGUUAAACAAGAUAAUCGAGAAAAACCAAAUCAAAUGCCAUCAAUAUUUUCCACAGGACGAUAUAAAACCUAAUUUGACAUUCGAAGAUGUCAGUAUAAAGGUAGAUUAUAUCAGCAAGAAAGAAUCGUCAGAUUAUACUAUUAGAACAUUACGUAUAACGGACUUGGAAAGUAACGAUAGUAGGGAAAUAUUACAUUUUCAUUAUACUACUUGGCCAGACUUUGGAGUACCACAACGUCCAACAGCUUUUUUACGUUUCUUGGCAGAUGUUAGGAAAUCAGGAGCAUUAGAUCAAAAUGUUGGCCCAUCUGUAGUACAUUGUUCUGCAGGAAUAGGAAGAUCGGGAACAUUUUGCUUGGUCGAUGUGUGCCUAGUAUUGAUUGAAAAAUAUGGUUUAAACGCUUUAGAUGUGCGGCAUGAAUUGUUGGAAAUGAGACGAUCUCGUAUGGGUCUUAUACAAACGCCCGAACAACUUUGUUUUUCAUAUGCUGCUAUCAUUCAAGGAGCAAAACAAUUGCCACUUGAUAACAUGGAUAUUAAUAACGAAACAACUCAUGAUGAAAUAAUAAUGACUUAUGAUGAGAUGAAUAAUAAGAGUAACCAUCCAUUAGAAAAGGACGACGAACCUCCUCCUCUGCCACCUCCAAGAGGAGAAUCCUUAACGCGUAGUAUGAUGGCAGAUCUAAGCCCAGAUGAUUCGAGUUCGACCGAUAAUGUUACAGAUGAAUAUGGUGGACCUCCUGAUAAACCAUUGCCAAGUGAACCACCGAAUCAUAUAGAUUUAUCUACAGAUACAAUUCUGUCUACAUCUAAUACAAAUUGUAUAGGUGAACAAAAUUCAGACGAUGGUGUGAUACUAGACGAGGCUCUCUGUAAUGAUGCUGAAAACUCUGUUCUACUAAACAACUCUCCGUCCCAUUCAGACGCGAAAGAGGAAGUACGUCGACGCAAGAUGGAAAAGAAUGAGCGACUAGCGACACAAGUACGCGAGAUGAAACGCAAGCAGAAGAAGACUGAAGAAUGGCAGAAUUUCAAGAGGUCAUUAUUUAACCCCAUUACAAUAAGCUUAGGCAUUGGGCUCGGUGGGGGUAUCAUAGCGAUCUGUUACUACCUGUACAUGCGUAGUUAGAUCUAUCGCAAUAAGGAUUUCGUACGUACGUAUAUAUACGCGCAUCACCUUUUAUAUUGUCAACAUAAUAAUUCAGGAAAGUUACUCUUAAUAUGAGAUAAUUUUCUAUUGUGAGGUUUUAAUAACCUUAAUUUUGGCUGAAACAUUGUCGUGAAAGUAACUAAACAAAAGGUUUUGUAUCACAUGAUCGGUAGUAAAAUUACAUCGUCAACGAUACCGCAAACGAUACUGUCUCCAUUACAAAAAGAAAUAAGCAAAGGGAGAGAAAAAAGAAACAGUAGAAGAGAAUGAAACAAUGCUAGAAAAGUAUAGUACAUUCUUGGACUGUUAUAAGAUCUAGUAAUAAGAAUGAGAAUGAAAACACUGAUAAAGGAAGACGGACUUUCAAUUUGUAUUUUUAUAUUGUGAUUUAUUCUACGAAUAUCUAGAAUGUUAGAAUAAGUUCUUUUCACAAUUCUUUUAUUGCUAUCAAGAAACAAGUAGUCUAUUCCGCGUAUGUGCUUACGAAAACGUUAAUGAAGAAAAGUAAAUUUUAUUAUACAAUUCUUGUGGAUAAAAUAUAAACGUGUUAUCUACAAGAAUUAAUUAGCCAGGCAAAUUACUCUUAUAGAUAAAGUAUUUACACAAGACUACUUACGCAAUACUAUAUCACAACAUAAUCAUAUAACUUUAUAAAUAUAUGAUUGUGUGAAUUUGCGUAAAUUUUGGUUAUCUGAUCUUUCUACUUACUUACAGCGUUGAUGACACGCUCAUAUAGUGAUAUGUGUAAACACAGAACAAAAAUCAUGGAUAUAUAAAGCUUUAAGUUAAAAGCUCACCGUUAAGUAGCUUUAACUUUGUCAAGCAUUUCUGUACAGAUCCACAUUUCUGUUUCACAGAUUUUGAUUUUGUUAUUCAGUUAAUAUAAACAAAAAACUUAUAUUUCUGUGAUUUUCGACUGUUUCUAAAUAAAUUAAACUUAAUGUUAAUAUUUCAUCAAAAUAUUUGAAUGAAAAGUCCAGAUGAAAGACUUAUUUCCAAAUCACUUUCGUAAUUUAUAAUUUAAAUUCAUAUUUUCAAAUAAUGCAGUUUAUGUGUUUACAAAACUAACAAAGUUUAGAGUGUUGAGCACAUGAGCACAUAAUUUUCAUUUUAUAUGAAAAUAUGAAUUUGAUGAUCUGGAAAUAAUCUGUUUAAUUUCUUUAGCAUUAAAUGGGUUAAACACUAGUAAUAGAUCUAGAAAGAACUUGUUAAACAAUUUUAUUAUAUUUUCAUAGGUAAAUGUUUUUUAAAAAUUGCUGAUUAGAGUAGAUUCUACUGUCUUCUGUCAAAAUCAUUCAUAAAAAUUUAGUUUAUGUGCAUAUUGUAUACAUUAAUAUUUCACAAAACAAUUUAAAAGUGUUUUUUUAUUUAUGAUAAUUUUGUUUACAUUUUUUAUUAUUUGGCUACGAGUAAGAUAUACUUUUUUCUUAUUUGCUUUAUCUUUUUUUUUGCUAUAAUGGAAUGUUAUAUUUCAUGCAAAUCGUCAUCUAGAAUAAUACUUGCAGUUAUCGAUAAACUCGUACAAUUUGCUAUUGUUUAUUAUGAAUCUUGUUAAUUUUUACGAUAGAUCGUAGAAUCAUUUAUUUUACUUUACAACAAGACAUUCCCGAUGUACGGAUAUUAUCUUCAAAUUUCUUACAUAAAAAUAAAAUUAUCUUAGAUACGAUCAUACAAAAAGAUUGAAUUCGCCACAUUUAUCACAAGAAAAUUUUUAAUAACACAUUUUUUCUUUCCGUUAUUAAAUAAUUUAUUUUAAAAAUGUCAUAAGUUUUUAAUUUGAUACGGAAAUUAUUGAUAAAAAAAAAAACACAAGAAUAUACUAUAAAGUAAGGUGUUGUUUCCAAGAGUUACUAGUGAUCUCUUCGCGAUAAUUUCUCACUUUUAAUCUUUCUUAAAAUUGAAUCUUAUUUGUGCAUUUAUGUCAAUAUCUUUAUUAAACUUUGGAAAUUUAGUAAUAAAGUUACGUUAAUCGUUAGAGAGAAGUUGGAAAAAGGUUUAAAAACGAAAUUUUAGAAAAUUUGAAUUCCAGCUCAUUGCUCAACAGCGUAUGUAUGUUGCAAAUUGUGCAUUGAGCAUUGCGGACAAAGACUGAGUAUGUCUAAUGAGAAGAACGGAGUGAGAGGGAGAAAGAGAUAAACGAGCGAUAAAAUAACGAAAGUUAAGCCCGCGUGUAUUUCUUAAGUCGAGCUUUUAUAUAAGCCACUUUGAGAGAAAGACUUGUCAGAUCGUGUUCCAAUCCAAAGAUAUGAAACGUGAUGAAGAAUAUGUGUCGUAACAAGAUGCGUUUUGAGAAGAUGCGUGGAAUCACUAAAGCAUAUUUUUUACUCUUGUAUCAUUAAUCACCGCUGGAGCACGAUCUCCCAAUGAGAUGUUUUCAGACACGUCGUACUUGCGCAUGUCGACGUGUUCGUUUUCGCGUGAUUUGUUUCGCGCGAUUAUAUACACGUUAGAACACAUUGCAAAAAAUUAAUUAGAAGAAUGGAAAGGGAGGCAAGAGCACUCCCCAUGCAAAGCACGAUGUCAAGGGGAUAUGCAGUAUUCUAUUGUCAACAACACGUUUUAACUUUACGCACUAAUAUACUAUUGUUAUCUAAUUUUUAUCAAGAUAUUAUUUAUGUAAGUAUAAAACCGCAGUCUGCGACAAUUCGAUUAAAAGGAGAACGAAGCGAUUAAUCUCGUGACGAUCGUUAUAUAUCAUUGGCGAAAACAUACUAUGGUGGCGUGGAGAUUCUUCAAUUAUUCCAUGCGUAUUGAAAAUUAACCCGAAAAACGUGUUGAAGUUUCGAGGACGGCAUAUGGUUAAAAAAAUAAUUUUUGCAGUUAUUCAUUUGUCGUUUUACGCACGAGACAAACGAUCGCAGACGCUCAUCUCUCCUGUUGUUGGCGAUCGCGCGAAGCUUCCGGAAGUGAGACAUACGCUCAUGAAAGUUCAUAGGUCACGAGGACACGGUGCUAAUUAAAAGUUCCGAAAACCGAUGUGCGCUCCGACGUGCGUACGUUCAUGCGUGCAUGUGUAGACACGAGACGCGCGUGUAUGAAAGAGUAAAUGCGAAGGAAUAAUGAGAACGAUUACCGAUGUUGAUCGUGCAACUCGCUCAUCGAAAUACUGUUCAGAAAAAAGCGCACACGGUUUGCAAUGCCACUAGAAAAAUUAAGUUCUCCACACUAUGAUAUAUAAAAUAAUAUCUUUCAUUUUUAUUGUAACAUUUUACAUUAAAAAAAAUUUGUUUCUCUUA